GCGAGCAGCUAGCGCAAAUUGUUGGACUCAUGACCCAUCCAUGCAUGAUUAUUCAGUCAGUCAGUCAGUAGGUUCCCAGAAUUUUCUCCCUGCAAACAGGGACAAAAAGCCUCUCCAAAUCGAUUUGCUGUUCAGAAAUUCAGAGAUCGAAUUCAGACAGUCGAAUCGACAAGCAAACAAGCUAGCUGCGCCACGGCGAAGUGAUGCAAACACCAUGCUUCGUGAGCCUUUCCACUGUUUCACUCUGCUCCUGCUCCUCCUCGCGGCUGCCGACCGCUGCGCCGCGGCCACCGGCGGCAGCGGCGGCCUGCAGUUCGCGUACGAUGGCUUCUCGGGCGCCAACCUCACCCUCGACGGCGCGGCCACGGUCACGGCGAGCGGCCUCCUCAUGCUGACCAACGGGUCCAUCCAGAUGAAAGGCCACGCGUUCCACCCGUCGCCGCUCCCGCUCCGCGCGGCGAGGUCCUUCUCGACGACGUUCGUGUUCGCCAUCUUCGGGCAGUACGCCGACUUCAGCAGCCACGGCCUGGCCUUCUUCGUCUCCGCGUCCGCGGACGCGUUCGCCGCCGCGCUGCCUGGCCAGUUCCUGGGCCUCUUCAACGGCACCGGCGCCACCACCGGCAACCGGAGCGCCGCCGGCGUCUUCGCCGUGGAGUUCGACACGCUCUUCAACGCCGAGUUCCACGACCUGAACAGCAACCACGUCGGCGUCGACGUCAACAGCCUGACGUCGGUCAAGGCCGCCGACGCCGGCUACUACGAUGACGUCACCGGCCAGUUCCGGAACCUGACCAUGAUCAGCCGGAAGCCCAUGCAGGCGUGGGUGGACUACGACGGCGGGAGCACGGAGGUCACCGUGGCCAUGGCUCCCCUGGGCACGGCCAGGCCCAAGAAGCCGCUGCUGCGGACCAACGUCGACCUCUCCGACGUCGCGACGGGCGCGGCGCACGUCGGGUUCGCGUCGGCGACGGGCAUCCUCUUCUCGCGCCACUUCGUGCUAGGCUGGAGCUUCGCGGUGGACGGGCCAGCCCCGCCGCUGAACAUCUCGUCGCUACCGCCGUUGCCGCGGGCUUGGCCCAAGCCGCGGUCGAAGGUGCUGGAGAUCGUGCUGCCCAUAGCGUCGGCGGCGCUGGUCGCCGCCGUGGCCAUGGCGGUGUACGCCAUGGCGAGGCGGCGGCUCAGGUACGCCGAGCUGCGGGAGGAGUGGGAGACCGCGUUUGGGCCGCACCGAUUCUCCUACAAGGACUUGUUCCAUGCGACCAAGGGAUUCAGCGACAAGAACCUCCUUGGCACGGGAGGGUUCGGGAGCGUGUACCGAGGCGUGCUCCGCAAGCCCGACAUGGAGGUCGCAGUGAAGAGGGUGUCACACGAAUCAAGACAAGGGAUGAAGGAGUUCGUCGCAGAGGUCGCGAGCAUCGGUCGCUUGCGACACCGCAACCUCGUGCAACUACUCGGCUAUUGCCGUCGUAAAGGUGAACUUCUCUUGGUGUACGAUUACAUGCCAAAAGGUAGCCUCGACAAAUACCUUUACGAUGGAAGCAAGCACCCACUAAGUUGGCCUCAGAGAUUCCACAUCAUCAGAGGAGUGGCGUCUGGGCUACUGUACCUUCACGAGGAUUGGGAACACGUUGUCAUCCACCGAGACGUCAAGGCAAGCAACGUGCUCCUCGACGAUGAGAUGAACGGUCGACUAGGCGACUUUGGCCUCGCAAGGUUGUAUGAUCACGGAGCUGUUGCACAGACAACACAUGUGGUCGGCACUAUGGGGUACCUAGCCCCUGAGUUGGGGCACACCGGCAAGGCAACCCCAUCAACCGACGUGUUCGCGUUCGGCGCAUUCCUCCUCGAGGUCACCUGCGGAAGAAGGCCAAUCGUGCAGGAUGAGCACGGCAACCGUGCCGUGCUUGUGGACUGGGUGACUGAGCAGUGGAGCAAGGGUGCACUUGUUAACGUGGUGGACGCGAGGAUUCCGAGCUGUUUUGAUCCUGACGAGGUUUCUCUGGUUCUAAAACUUGGGCUGCUCUGCUCGCAUCCAUUGCCCAAUGCUAGGCCAACAAUGCGGCAGGUCGCUCAGUACCUCGACGGUGAUAUGGCCCUACCGGAUUUGUCACCGACGUACCUAAGCUUCACUUCACUAGAGCGGAUGUACAAGGAGUUCAACCGCAAUUCCAUUUCAUACAUCUCAUCAGCAAGCAUGGGUGCCAUUUCUGAUAUCUCGGGAGGAAGGUGACAAAGGAAGGGAGCUCGUGAUUUUGAGAAGCAGUUGGUGAGGAUAUGAAAAAUCGGGUUUCUCAGUUUAUUACUUCUAGUUUAUUUUCUGAAUUAUAAUGGACUGUUUAGGGGGCUAAAAAUUCAAAAAAAAAAGGCACACAUCAGAUACUCCCAAAGUAGGGCCAAAAAUGGUGCUUGUAGCAUUGCAGUUAAGAGUAUGUUAACGGUGUAACUAGAUGCUUUAACUAUCUUGUUCUCCUUGUACUAUGAAAUCGAGAUUCUUCUGUCUUGAUUAUGUUCAUAGUUUGAUACAGCAUCGGGAUGCACUAAACAGUUAAGUAGCAA